AUGGACAAACCUCUAUGGAAGCUCAAGGUCUGUCCUGUGCUCAGCCAAAAUCCCGGGUACAUUUUAAAACAAGUCUACAAGUCAAGGAAUGCCAGGCUGGUUGAUGUAGUGGCACUCAGGAAGGCAAGGGCAGUGCCCCUGACUGGCCCCUUCUGCAGCGUGGCCAUCCUUUACUACCUGUGCUGCAAGUACAGCGCACCAUCACACUGGUACCCGCCAGACCUGCACACACGUGCCCGUGUGGAGGAGUUCAUGGCUUGGCAACACACGGCCUUUCAGCUGCCCAUGAAGAAGAUAGUCUGGCUCAAGGACUUAUGCCUGCUGAGCUCCCCAAAUCCUUGUGAACACAUGGUUCCCGGCACCUUCCACCAAUCAGAACUGCUAAAAGAAGUGAAACUGCUUUAUAUCCUGGGAAGUGUUCAAUAUCUAUCCAGCAGACGAGAGUACAGAGACCUGGCAGGGCAGGUGGCCCUGGAGUGCAGCCUCCUCUUCCCUCCUCUUCCCAACCCUGGCCAGUUGCUGAUCCCAAAGAUAACAGGGGAGGAAGUUUCAGCUGAGAAGAUGGAGCAUGCAGUGGAAGAGGUGAAGAAGAGUCUGCAGCUCUUCGAGGAGAAGUUUCUGCAGGAUAAGAUGUUCAUCACCGGGAACCAAAUCUCACUGGCUGACUUGGUGUCCGUGGUGGAGAUGAUGCAGCCCAUGGCAGCCAACUAUAAUGUCUUCCUCAACAGCUCCAAGCUAGCUGAGUGGCGUAUGCGGGUGGAGCUCAAUAUCAGCUCUGGCCUCUUUAGGGAGGCCCAUGAUCGACUAAUGCAGUUGGCCGACUGGGACUUUUCAACAUUGGAUUCAAUGGUCAAGGAGAAUAUUUCUGAGUUGCUGAAGAAGAGCAGGUGACCCUAGGCGCAGCCUGUCCCGCAGGGCCUGGCUGGCUUAGCAAUCUGAGCCACCUUCCUUAAAGGAAAUACUAAAAAAAAAAACAAAAACAAAAACAAAAAACUGUUCUUUGCCUAAUAAAGAACUGGAACAACCAUCA